UCCUCUCCACCUUUCUUUCUCUGCUCGCUCUGUUUCAGAGAUCUCAUCGAUCAUCCUCCAUUUGGGUUCUGUACAGCUUUUUCUUUUUUCCAUGUUUGGUUGCUGAGAAAAGGCGAGAAAUACUUUUGAUUUUCUGUUUGGUUCUGAAUUGGAGUUGAAGUAUUUGGAUGUGAUUUUAGAAUUUUUGUGUUCUAUUUUGCAUUUUUUUUUUCAAAACUCGAUUUCUUGGCAACCAAACGGAGUAUUAGUUUCUUCCAGUUGUUGCGAUGUCGAUUGCUUUGGAUAGAAGCAGUAAUAGAAUCGAAGGUUCUGGAUUCAUGCAUGGAAUGUCGUGCAUCUCGAUCUUUGAGUCGCCGGAGCUGUUGACGGGGGAUCGGAGGUUUCCGGCUGGGGGAGAGAUGGCGGCGAAGGCGGAGGAGAGAGAAGAGGAGCUGGAUUCUUGCAGUUCGUCGUCUUCGAUAGGGAAGAACAGCGAUGUCUCUGGAAUGUCAUCGGACCAGGAAGAUUCCGGCGAGACUGAGGUUCAGAGCUCGUAUAAGCGGCCGUUAGAUUCAAUGAAUGCGUUGGAGGAGGUUUUGCCACUACGGAGAGGCAUAUCAAGGUUCUACAACGGCAAAUCAAAGUCCUUUACCAGUUUAGCAGAUGCUUCUACUUCUGCCUCCUGUAAAGACCUUGCAAAGCCAGAGAAUGCCUACAACAGGAGACGUAGAAAUCUACUUGCUUACAAUCAUGUCUUGGACAAAAACCGAAAUUUUCCACUGAGAAGUAAUGGGGGUGGGAUUUCAAAGAAACUUGCUGCCACAAGCCGAAGCACAUUGGCUCUAGCAGUUGCCAUGAGCAGCUCUGAUAGUAAUAACAGCAGCGAGGAUCUGAACUCGAGCCUGAACUGCAUUUCAAGGUCUCCUUCCCUACUCCUCCCACCCCUGCAUCCACAAGCUAGGCUAUAUCACAACAAUGUGUCUUCAUCACCGCCUCAACGGAAUUUAUCCGCAUGGCGAUCCUACUCCUUGGCUGAUCUACAACAGUGUGCCACUUCCGGAACCACUAAUGCAACCGGCUCCCCAAUUAGUCGGGCAGCUGAUGAUCACAGCAAAGCUAACUUGAGUAAUUAAACCCUCAUCCAGAAUUGGUCUGAACCAAUGUUGGUUGCCAUGGGAGUCAAACAAUCCAAUCCUCAGAAUUCCCCAGCCCAUUGUGCUGGUCUUUUUUGGGUAUGGUAUUCUGUAAUAUUGCAGAAUGAUGGCAAUUUGCCUAAUCUAUUUCCCAUGUUUGUAAAAAGUUGAUGAGAAAGUUUCGACAUGGCAUGUGGUAGUGGUGGACGGGGGAGCUGAGCAUAUGCUUAUCUAAUUAUCUUUCUUUUU